GCUUAUUCCGUUCAUUGGUAGCUAAUAUGCGACUAUUUCUGAAUAGAAUGACUGGCUCCAAGCCGUCAAGGAGCCAGAAGAUGGGCCUCCUCGGGGCCAUUUCUUACAUCAUUGGCAAUGUCGUAGGUUCUGGAAUCUUCAUCACACCAACUACUAUCUUUAGCAAGACUGGAUCGAUGGGCUUGUCACUUCUUAUAUGGAUUAUGGCAGCUUGUAUCUCUACACUAGGAUCCUUUUGCUACGUCGAGCUUGGCACAAGCAUUCGAAUGUCCGGUGGCGAUUUCGCUUACAUGUGCUUCAUGAAGUGGUAUCCCAUCGCCUUUGCUUUCAUGUGCAUCGGAUGUACGAUCAACUAUCCAGCAACUCUUGCUGUUCAAGCUCAGACGUUUGCGGAGUACAUGUUCCAGGGUAUAGGUAUUCAACUCGAUGCGGACUCGGCAUUUUGGUCAAAAAAGCUUGUUGGAUUUUCUUUGAUGUGGUUGCUUCUAUUUUUGAACUACUUUUCACUCAAAACAUUCGUUUCCCGCUUUCAAAUAGCCGCUUCAAUAGCAAAAAUCGCUGCAACAGGAUUGGUGAUUGGAACUGGUUUCUACUACCUCAUUUUCCAAGGUGAAACACAAAAUUUGAAAAGCCCAUUUGCUGGUUCGGACUGGAACAUUGGAACUAUAGUAUCCGCGCUAUUCACCUGCUUGUUUGCAUAUGAUGGUUGGGACAUUCUGAAUUUUGGAGCCGAGGAGAUUGAGAAGCCAAAAAGAACAAUGCCUCUUGCAAUUGUGAUUGGCAUGUUAUGCAUUGCGCUAAUCUUCCUUGCUGUGAAUUUCUCGUACUUUGUAGUUCUGGACCCUGCCGAAAUGCUUGAAAGUGACGCUGUCGCUGAGACAUUUGCUCACGUGGCUCUCAAAAAAGCAGCGUUUAUUAUGCCAAUCUUUGUAGCUAUACUUCUUAUUGGAUCUCUGAACAGUACAAUGUUCUCCGCUAGUCGAUACCUGCAAGCGGCUGCAAAGCAAGGUCAAUUACCUUCUUUCAUUAGCUGCAUCAACCCGACUAGCGAUUCGCCCAGGACAGCUUUAUCACUACAUAUCCUCAUUGCUAUGGUAGUCUCUUUUGCUGGAAAUCUAGAUAAUCUGAUCUCAUAUGUGUCUUUCGCACAGUGGUCUCAACGAGCCUGCACAAUGGGUGCGCUGAUUUGGAUUCGACUACGACAUUGGCCAGUUCAUCCUGAUAAGAUUCGCAUGCCUAUCAUCAUGCCAGUUUUCUUCUGCAUUGUCUGUACAACACUGGUGGUUGUAACAAUUAUUGACAAUUUCUCAUCAGCUGUUGUCGGACUAGGUAUUUGGGUUGUUGGCUUUAUCGUUUACCUUUUAUUCAUUUUCGAGCGAGCUCUUCCUUCCAGUGCUGCCUACAGGAAAAUAACAGACAAACUCAACGAUAACACCACACAAUGGGCACAGAUAAUUUUCGACGUGAUGCCCGAGCGCGGAAAUGAUGAAGAUCGGGAAGAUGCUAUAACGGCCGCAACAGACAAGGUGUUUCCCUUCGAUACUCGGCCCAAAGCCUUGUCAGCGUUUUCGAAUUUGGAUGAAGAUGAAAUGAAAACAAAAAUGUAAGAUAAGCACUGUACAUAGUAAUUAAUUUGUCUGUCAAAUAAUUCCGUUUGGUGUAAACUUGUCACAUAUAACAAAGAAGUUUG